CUUAUUACUCCAAAGCUUCCUACUUCCUUCUGCAAGUAACUAUCCUACUCAUCCCCUUUAAUAAUUCCUAGCAUAUUCCCUACAUUUGUUUCACCAAAAUCCAAACCCCACCAAAACCUUGAUCUCUUCAUCACUUUCAUUCUCCAAAUCCCUUAAUUCCAACAAUAUGAUCCUCAUCUUGUUUCUUCUCUUCAUCUCCUCCUCCUCCUCGAUCCCCACCACCCUUGAAGGCCCAUUUAAGCCCAUUACACGCAGGUUCGACCCGGCCCUUCGCCAAGGCAGCGAUGACCUGCCGAUGACCGACCCAAGGCUGGCCCAGCGGGCCAAGCCCAAUUUCCCGGAACAGAUCUCACUUGCCACGUCAUACUCCCCUACCUCCAUGUGGAUCUCUUGGGUCACAGGGAAAUCACAGAUUGGGUCGGAUGUGAGACCGUUGGAUCCGAGUGAGGUGGGAAGCGAGGUCUGGUAUGGCGAAGAGAGCGGAAAAUACAGGUUCAAACGGAGGGGAUCAUCUACCGUUUACAGUCAGCUGUAUCCUUACGAGGGUUUGCUGAAUUAUACGUCGGGAAUAAUUCAUCAUGUUAGACUACAAGGCUUACACCCAGGAAGAAGAUAUUACUACAGAUGUGGAGACAGCUCUCGACCAGCAAUGAGUAAAGAGCACACGUUCGAAACUCUACCUUCAACCAGCGCAAACGAUUUUCCUCGAAGAAUAGCAGUCAUCGGAGAUCUAGGUCUUACAAGCAACUCGUCGACUACUAUAGAUCAUCUGGCGCAGAAUGAUCCUUCUCUGAUCUUAAUGGUCGGAGACAUGAGUUAUGCUAAUCAAUAUUUAACUACGGGUGGAAAAGGAGUUUCUUGCUAUUCUUGUUCUUUCCCAGAUGCACCUAUAAGAGAGACUUAUCAACCUCGUUGGGAUGGAUGGGGAAGGUUUAUGGAACCACUGACAUCAAAGAUCCCUAUGAUGGUAAUUGAAGGCAAUCAUGAGAUUGAGCCUCAAGCCGGUGGGAUAACGUUCCAAUCAUAUUUGACGAGGUUUGCUGUUCCAUCACAAGAGUGUGGCUCCAACAGCAACUUCUAUUACUCAUUUAAUGCAGGAGGCCUGCAUUUUAUCAUGCUGGGAGCUUAUGUAGACUAUAACCAAACAGGGGCACAAUAUGAUUGGCUAAUGAAAGAUUUAGGCAAAGUGGAUCGGCAAAUCACACCUUGGUUGGUUGCUUCUUGGCACUCACCAUGGUAUAAUAGUUAUUCAUCACACUAUCAGGAAUUUGAGUGUAUGAGACAGGAAAUGGAGGAACUCCUAUAUCAACAUGGAGUUGAUAUUGUCUUUUCUGGUCAUGUCCAUGCUUAUGAAAGGAUGAACAGGGUGUAUAACUAUACACUGGAUCCCUGUGGACCAGUUUACAUAACUGUAGGAGAUGGUGGAAAUAUUGAGAAAGUAGACAUUGAUCAUGCUGAUGAUCCAGGAAAAUGCCCUUCCCAGAAUGAUAAUAUUCCAGAAUUUGGAAGUGUAUGCCAUUUAAAUUUCUCAUCAGGACCUGCAAAGGGCAAAUUUUGCUGGGAAAAGCAACCGGAAUGGAGCGCAUUUAGAGAAAGCAGCUUUGGACAUGGAAUCCUAGAGGUUAUCAAUUCGACUUAUGCCUUGUGGACUUGGCAUCGAAAUCAGGAUAGUUACAAGGAAAAUAGCAAAGGCGACCAAAUCUAUAUAGUACGGCAACCUGAACUCUGCUCUCCUAAAAUUCAGAAAGUCACUUCCCUAAAUAGGUCUCCAAGAAGCGAGGCGAUGAUUUGUUUUUUGCUUAUUGGGCUUAUAUUCAGUUUUUUCUUCCAACAACUCUUCUGACGAGUGCACAACAGAGAGCAUUGAUUCUAUUCAAUAUUGGAGAUAAUUGAAGCUUCAGAGUGUUAAUAAGCUUUUCUAUUUUUCUUCUUUGCUUCUCUUUUCACUCUAUCUCUCUCGUAUUGCCAUUAUACUUCAGGUUUCUCCUCUGAAAGACUGAAAUGCGAUACAGUUGUUUGUUCUAGAGAAUUCCUCUCAUUGCAAUUUCAAGUUAUUGAAUGGGAUCCAACGUAUAUAUGAA